AUGAGUGAUUUAUAUCAUUUAAUAUUAUUAUUAUUAUUAAAAAUAUAGAAAGAGAGUAUCAAAACAAAAGAGGAUUUAAGUCACUUGAUGACUUUAUUCUUGAAAUUAGUAAAGAUCUAGAUUAACUAGCUUAAUUCAAUUAAAAUUAAAUGAGGGUUAAAUUACUGCAGCAUUUGAUAAAUUAUGGGAGGAGAUUAUAAGCGAAUCAGAGCAAAAACAAAGUGAAAUAUAAAAAGAAUAUUCAAUCAAGUAAUAUUACUGCAUAUCUUCUUAAUUCAAUGAAUAGAAAUUAAUAACAUAAAAUAAACAUUAAUAUGUAACUUCAUUUCUUGAGAAUAUUAAUAAUAAUUCUCCUUUUAGAUAAGAUUUAGAUGAAAGAAUGAAAAUUUAUUAUAUUUUUGAAAGAAAAUUAUUAAGUUAGGUUUAAUUUCGAGCAAUUUUCAACACAAAAGAAGCAAUGAAAUAGAGAUUUUCCAUUCAAAUUUAGAAGAUCGAAUGA